CAAAAUUGUUCCCUUUCACGGAUAGUCCACGUAAAAAAUUUUACUUGUGCAACAAUUGCGCCUAAAUAAGACGGUAAACCGCUACUUUGACGACUUUGAUUAACUUUAUGGCGGCAAUAGAAAAAGUACGAGUUUUGAUUGUAGGAGAUUCGGGUGUUGGGAAGACAUCUCUAAUUCACUUAAUAUGUCAUAACGAACCAAUCGCUAAUCCUUACUGGACAAUAGGCUGUUCAGUUGAGUGUAAGCUUCAUGAAUAUAAAGCUGGAACACUUCAUCAAAAAGAUUAUUUUAUUGAGCUAUGGGAUAUUGGAGGCUGGUCGGCUCAUACAAAUAGCCGUUCAAUAUUCUACAAUCCAGUACACGGAGUUAUUCUUGUUCACGAUUUAACUAAUAGAAAAACUGAACAGAAUUUACGGAAAUGGCUCGGUGAAGUUUUGAAUAAAGAACAAAAGGAGAGAAUAGAAGGACACGAUUAUGACCCGGAAAUAUUCGCUGGUACUCAAGUUCCUAUUCUUCUUAUUGGUACAAAAGUUGAUAUGGCUGAAAGUGUCCAAAAAUCCCGUAGGCGAUCAGGUAUUUGUGAAGAAUGCGGAGCAGAUGAAAUUACUCUUGAUUGUACUCAAGUAAAACAUUUAGCACCUGGUACAAGUAACGCUGUAACAUUAAGUAGAUUUUUUGACAAGGUGAUUGAAAGGAAAUAUUAUGCCAGAGAAAGUAAUGCGACUAGCAUUAAUGCGGCUUUUACAAGUCCUAUACAAGUUGGUGGACUUUUUCAGGAUCGGCGGCGUGUAAUUAAUACAAAAAAUGACUGA